GUGUUUUUUUUUUUUUACGUCAGGCUUCCUGGAGCAGCCGCCGGCUGAGUCAGAUUAAGCUAAGGAUGAUCUUUGUUUUAAUUUAUCGUUAAUAAUUUAUUCAGUUAGACAUGCAUGUGAUUAUGACGAUUAUUAAAUCCGUUCACGAGAGGAAUCCUUUAUCGCGGGAGAUCAUGAGCUUUUCCCAUAAACAUCGUAACGUUAGACUAGCUGAAGUUACUGUCCUGUAAUCAGCGUGAUAGCUCUGUAAUUUGAACCAAUCCUUAUUAUUUAAAUAACUGCGAUUAGUAGUCAUUCAUCGUUAGUAAAGUUUGUUCAAACUCCAGGAGCGCUGCAGAUAUGGGAUAACACAAGUAAUCAGAUUAAACGGGUUUAAACGUCACAUUUGUACACGAACUGUUUGCAUGUUGACAUAGAUCAGGUGAGUAAAGAGUGUAAAUAUGGAGGAGGUGGUGAAGAUAUGUGAUCCAUCCAUCCUUCCACUGGAUCAGACAGAUGUUGCAUACUCAGAUAGUGAUGUCCCAUCAGAAAACCAUUGUGUGAAUGAAGAUCACAGGAUGCCUUCAGACCCAGAGGGGCUAUUGGAGUCAGCAGACCCUAAAUCAAUAGAGAACCGCCAGCCCCAAGAGCCUUCAACAGAUAUGCAAAAGCUCCACAUUGAUGAAGACCGUUCUCUGUGUGCCGGUGGUUCAGAGACUGAUUCUGGGAAAGCGUCAGAGGACUCUGCACUAGCGGACAUUGGCCAUGAUGACUCGGGUGAGUUUGUUGUAACCAUGUUAGCCCGGCGUCAGAUCGAAGAGCAGGGAUUGGGUAUUGAAGAUGUCUCGUCCCCUUUAUCCGAGACUGGCACACCUCUGGGACCUUCCUCGCACAGGAACGAGGAUGUGACGGCAGAUAGUUGGAGACAGCACAGGAAGCAUGUGUUUGUGCUGAGCGAGGCUGGGAAGCCCAUCUACUCCCGAUAUGGAAGUGAGGAGGCCCUGUCCUCCACCAUGGGAGUGAUGAUGGCCCUGGUGUCCUUCGUUCAAAGUGGAGACAACAUCAUCCGUUCGGUCUACUCCGAUGAGCACACGGUUGUGUUCAUGCAGCUGGGUCCUCUGGUGCUGGUGUCCGUCUCCAACAGCCGUCAAUCAGAGCAGCAGCUCCGGAACGAACUGCUCUACGUCUACAACCAGAUCAUCAGCAUGCUCACGCAGGCCAGCAUCACCCGCAUCUUCGAGCACAAGAAGAACUAUGACCUGCGUCGUCUGCUGGCCGGCUCAGAGAAGAUUCUCGACGGCCUCCUAAACCUCGUAGAUUCAGACCCCAGCUUCCUACUCUCCGCCGUGCACUGUCUCCCCUUGGCCUCGUCUCUCAGGGACUCCCUCAGUCAGAUUCUCCAGAAGGCCAUCACGCCUAACCUGGUCUUCUCCAUCCUCAUAGCCAAGAACCAGCUGCUCACCAUAGUGCAAGAGAAGAUGGUCAUUGACGAGGCCCGACUGGAGCCUGCUGACCUCCACCUGCUGCUGAACCUCAUCGGGGCCUCGUCUGCCUUCCAGGCUGGGGAGAUCUGGACGCCCAUCUGCCUGCCCAGUUUUAACCCUGACUGUUACUUUUAUGCGUACAUCUCAUAUCUGGACCCUCCUGAAUGCACUGUUUGUCUGGUUCUUCUCUCUACCGAUAAAGAGGCGUUUUAUUCGGUGGCCGGGUGUAAGAGGAAGAUCGAGGAGGCUAUGCAAACGCAGAAUGCGCUCAGCUCCAUAGCGAAAGCUCAUUCAUACAGCGUUAGUCAGGUGGGAGUAUCUGACCUCAGGCAUUUCAUGUACAAGCCUUUUGAUGUGCCCGACAACCAUCGCCAGCUAACACAGUUCACCAGCCCAGAGAUGGAAGCCCCUUACAGCAGUGAGGAGGAGCAGAUGAGACUCCUGGACCUGUACAGAGACAUGCACGGCCGAAUCCACAGCACCUCACGUCCCCUCAAGCUCAUCUACCACGUGGCUGAACGUGAGACUCUGCUGGCCUGGGUCACGAGUAAAUUUGAGUUGUAUACGUGCUUCAGCCCACUUGUCACAAAAACCUGCGCCAUCAAUGCCAUCACUAAACUGCUGCGCUGGAUCAAGAAGGAGGAAGACCGUCUGUUUAUCCGAUACCCUCCAAAAUACUCCACCACCCCCAACCCCAGUAAGAGCUGAAUCGGAUUCUGAUUUCUUGGUCAUUUACAAGAUUCCCUCCAUCAGCCGACCACCUGCAUUGAUUUGCUUUCAGAUGCACACUGACCAGACCAGCUUACAAUGUCACGACACGCAUCUCUGCAUUCGAACUUAACUCAGUUUAGUAAUGUAACGGAGAUGAUUCAACCAAAUGAUUCUAAUCUGCCAUGGGUUAAUGACUUACACAAAGCUGCUUUUUUUUUUUACUAUUUGACAGACACAUCUCGGACUGGAUCUAAUUUUAUGUGGAAGAAAAGCGAAUCACAUUUUGUGAAUGUUAUAAACUCUUAUAAUUCCAGAACAGAACACUUUGAGCUUAUUGAGGCUAUAACUGGAUUGUUUUACUUGAUGGAAAAAUAUUCAUGGACAUUUAAUUGCAUGAAUUAGAUUUUUUUUAUGGUACAAAAUGAAAAGAUCAAAUUUGGUUAAUGAAGAAGAUGAGCUGUUCAUCAUGGUCUGAUCAGCUUGCACUGCACCUUUGUUCAUUGUACUUGUGACUUAUUUUAAUUGUUUUUGACUUUUUGUCUUAUAUGGUUUUCUACUUGAAACCAAACAGACCAAAUCUUGCUCCAUUUUAAUAAAUGAAAAUAACAUGAUCUGAAACAUCAGAAGAUCAUAAAAUGACGUCCUUACCAUGGGAUUAAUGUUCUUUUAUUUUUGUCUUUGUUAGGUUACUGCACGAUACGUGUGGCUUACUGUUGUAUAUAUUGGUUUGUUUGCUGUUUGACAUGCCAGUCAUGAAUUGUGACAUUUAUUCCUAUCUGAUAAUAUCGAAACCACCAAAAUAUGUUAGAUUUAAACCAACGGGCAUAACAGGAAAAUCCUCAUUGUAUGGUUUUUGGAGAACUACAUAAAAAUGUGUAUUCAAGAGGAGUAAUAUAUUGGUGCUGGAAUAAAUCUGAGGUAGCUCAAAGUA